AUGUGGUCGGUGAAAUUUGUAAUUCUAUUUGGUUUGUGUUUUUGCAUUUGCUAUGGCCAGGAGGAGUUUUUGAAUUCGACAGAAGUUUUAAAUUUAAAUGUUGGCGAUCACUUCAUAAAUUCUACGAAUUCAUAUUUUAACCAUUCUGGCAAUAUAAAUCGUAUUGUUGGGGGACGACCGCUAAAUAUUGUUGAGGUUCCCUAUCAAGUAGCAUUGUUUGAUAAGGAUUUUUUUAUUUGUGGCGGUUCCAUAAUUAGCGCUGAUUGGGUUCUAACAGCAGCACAUUGUCUCACAGAUGUCGGAAAAUUUAAAAUAAGAGCUGGCUCUCGAUUUCUUGGACGCGGAGGAGUUAUACGAUACGCUCAAUAUGUUAUAGUUAAUUCGGGUUAUAACAGAAAAACUAUGAAUAAUGAUAUUGGAUUGAUUAAGCUUAAAAAACCUUUCAAAUGGUCACCCAAGGUGAGACCAGUGCGUUUGGCUAGUCCGAAUUUUAAACUUCCACGAAAUAUGCUAGUUAGCGGUUGGGGAUCUUUAAGGGAAACCACGGAUAUACCUUCAAAUAUUCUGAGAGGUGCAACAGUACAGCGAGUUCCGCAUAAAACCUGCAGACAAAAGUUUAGAAAAGAAUUCCCCGUAUCAAAAUUGGUUGUUUGUGCCGCUUCAUUGGGAAAAGAUGCUUGUCAAGGAGAUUCGGGCGGUCCCUUAACUAAUAAUGGAGUUCAGUAUGGCAUAGUUUCAUAUGGUAUUGGAUGUGCACGUAAAGCGUUUCCAGGUGUCUAUACUAACACUAGAAGGCAGUUUUCAUGGAUUAGAAAUGUAAUUCGACGUUAUGGUGGCUUUAUACCAAGAUAUUUGUUAACGAAACCAAAUGUGUAA